CGCCCUCGCUUCGUUAACACCUCAAGGCUUCGAGCGAUGGGUAACGGAGAGCCGGAUGGGGGCUGCAGCGAAAGGUGCCAAGGUGUGCUGUGCGUUCAUAUCCUCCGAAAAAUCGGAGAUCCAGGAGUGACGGUCGCGAUUCGAAUCUGAGCGGAAGCCUGCAAAAAUCAGACAAUGUCGAAAAGUGCCACACGUUGAUGGCACGAGGAAAACACCGAUUCUCCUUCGCUGGGCGGGUCGCUCCGAGGUGUGGGUAGGAGGGCCAACCACGGAGCGGCCGAUUGAGCAAGUCGAGCUCUCUACCACAGCUGUCCCUCCAACCACCUCUCUCCCACCCCUCCCUCCCCCAUGUCUCUGCUCCGCCUCCCCCGCGCCGCUCCGGCUCUCCGCCGGUCCUACGCCACCGCCGCCAACGUCUCGGAGGCAGCCGGCGUCAAGGUCCUCGGCAUCGACAACGGCCUCCGCCCCGCGACCUCGAGCGUGUCCGUGAUCGUCAAGGCCGGCUCGCGCUACGAGCCCGCACCCGGUGUCGCCCACGUCCUCAAGAACUUUGUGUUCAAGUCGACUGCCUCGGGUUCGGCUCUCAAGACUGUCCGUGAGACGGAGCUUUACGGUGGUGUUCUCUCGGCUGGCCUCUCGCGCGAGUACCUCUACAUCAACGCCGAGUUCCUCCGCGGCGACGAGGGCCACUUCCUUCCCCUCCUCGCGUCGGUGCUCUCGUCGACCCAGUUCUCCCCGCACGAGUACACCGAGCUCGUCCUCCCCACCGUCCGUGGCGAGACCGAGGCCGCUGCCGCCGACCCCGCCCUCAUUGCCCUUGACACCGCUGCCACCGUCGCUUUCCGCCGUGGCCUCGGCAACUCGAUCUUCGCAUCGCCCCAUUCGCCCGUGACUCUUGACACCGUCAAGUCGUUCGCGCAGGCCGCGUUCGCCAAGUCCAACAUUGCCGUCGUCGGCCAGGGCAUCUCGACCGACGCCCUCGCCGCUGCCGUCAGCUCUGCGUUCGCUGGCGCCGCCGGGUCCGCUGGCUCGCUCCAGACCUCCAAGUCGCAGUACUACGGCGGCGAGGCUCGCAUCCCCCUCGACACCCACGCCAACCCCUCUGCCCAGCCUACCGUCGUCAUCUCGUACGGCCAGACCGGCGCUGCCGCCCCCGAGGUCGCCAUCAUCCCCCACAUCCUCGGCGGCCAGUCGGCGCUCAAGUGGUCGCCUGGCUCUACCCCUCUGUCCAAGGCGGCCGACAAGGUCCCCGGUGCCACCGUCCGCUCGUUUGUGACUUCGUACUCUGACGCUUCGCUCCUUAACGUCGUUGUCCAGGCCCCCACCAACGAGGGCGUUCGUGCCGUUGCCCAGGACGUCGCUGCCGCCAUCAAGGCCGUUUCGUCGGGUGUUAAGGAGGACGAGCUCAAGCGCGCCAUCGCCAAGGCCAAGUUCGCCGACGCUACUACCCUUGAGCACUACGCUUCGCUCGUUGACGCCGCCGCGCCCGCCCUCUUCGGCGGCCAGUCGAUCCAGUCGCAGUCGCUUGCCUUCGACGGUCUUUCCACCUCGGCCGUCUCCAAGGCCGCCAAGGCCCUCUUCGAGGCCAAGCCAACAGUCGUUGCCGUCGGCAACACCCACGUCCUUCCUUACGCCGACGAGCUCGGCCUGUAAGGGAAGAAAGGCGGUAGGGUAGAUAGAGAGGCCAAAAUAGGUUAACAGCCACAUCACAACAACAUAUCCGGUCAUGCAGUGCUGGAAUGCGG